UUUAAGAAGAGUUCGCUCACCUUUGGCCAUGAGUGUGGGGUGGGGUGGAGAGUGCGGAGUGGAGGUGGAGGUUCAGUGGCUUUGCGGACUGCCUCCAACACACCGACACAGGGGAAUGAAUGGCAAGUCAUCUGAGCAACUGCAAAGGUUACAACUUCGGGGAAUGAACUUUCAGGACUGACCAGCUAACCCACCAGAUGUCGCAGUCAGCUCUGAGGGGGACCUUCUUUGGACAGCUGUGCUAACAUAACAACAUCUGCCUUUCCUCCAGACACAAACAGCAGUUUUCCCGGCCACCUUUCUCGCUGAAACUCCAGAUAGGCACCGUCCCUGCGCUCCCCGCCAAUUCGACCAUGGAGGAAGACCUACAAAAACUUUUGGCUGUCGGCCAGACUACCGCAGGAAUUCGUGAUAUCUCGGCAGGGAGCCCUCACCCCGAAAUGGACCUGAUGAUUCCAGAGACGCUGCAGGACAUGAUAUGGUUUUUCCGGACAGAGGACUCCUCCAUAUGGAAUUACUACAUUCUCAGCCUGUCGCUUGCGGUUCUCCUCUUAGGAGUCAUGCUGUUGGCAAUCAACGUCGUGGCAAACAGGAAUCGGAAAGCCACGCUCUCGCACUGCGAGGAAUACAGAGACACCCAGCCCAACGGGACAGAAAUGAAGCAAGGCUUUGUGUCUCUGAAGGAAGAAGUCACCGCAGAAAGUUUGCUUCCAAAAGUCCAAAACGCAGGAGAGGUGACGGUGCAGUGGAAAGACGGGAACGUUACGACUCUGUACACAGACGCAGCCGAAGAGGAUGCGUAAAAAUGAAUGCGAUCUUACUCUAAAAGAGAGAAACUUGCUCAGGAUUCUAGGAAAUGGUGUGCAUUUUUUUGACAAGAUUACCACGCGGAGGGAAGGUCAUAGCCAGGAAAUGAAAGCUGGAGAGGAAGGGUUGGGAUUUGGGUUCUUAUGUAGGGUUGCCAGUCUCCAGGUGGGCCCUGGAGGUCUCCUGGAAUUAGAACUGAUCUCCAGGUGACAGAGAUCAGUUCGCCUGGAGAAAAGGGCUGCUUUUAACGGUAGACUCUAUGGCAUUAGACCUCAUUGAAGUCCUGCCUGUCCCCAAACCGUCCCUCCCCAGCAACAGACUGACACAGCAAACUAACACAGCCAUCCUCAGGCUCCACCCCCAAAAUCUCCAGGUAUUUCCCAACCAGGAUUUGGCAACCCUUGUUCUGAGUUGGAGAUGAGGGUGCCAUACAGGUCUCUGACAGAACACUGCCUCUCCACGCCUCUAAGAAAAGCAGGGGUGGAAUUCUAGCAGGAGUUCCUUUGCAUAUUAGGCCACACCCCCUCUGAUGCAGCCAAUCCUCCAGGAGCUUACAAGGCUCUUUUUUAAGCUCUUGAAGGAUUGGCUGCAUCAGGGGUGUGUGGCCUAAUAUGCAAAGGAGCGCCUGCUAGCAUUCCACCCCUGAAGAAAAGGAUGCAGGUUGUUAACUCCAACCACAGAAUCUCAGUCUAUUACUCUCCACAUUUAAGAAGGAUACCUUUACACAUCUGUCUCCUAUUUUAACAUAUUUAUUGCGCCACUCUUCCCCUCCCCAUUAAUGUCAAAGAAAUGGUGACCUGGUGAGCAUAUAAACCUAACUUGUUAUUGCUGUUUGGCCUUUGCAUAUAUCAGAACAUCUUCAUUAAGUUGUGUGCUAAUUUACUCUUCGCCUAUGUAGAGGCAUCUGCCUAUAUAUUGGAACGGUUAACUUGCAUUUCGCUGUAUCUGAGGAAGUGUGCAUGCACAUGAAAACUCAUACCUCGAAUAAAACUUUGUUGGUCUUAAAAGUGCAGCUGAA